UAAUCCGGAAAUAAUUGAACGAGCCAAAGGUUUAAAGGAAAAUUUUGGGGCAAGUGUAAAUAUCAGGAUACUCCCUCCCGAGACUGAGAAAUCGAGGGAGCCGGGUUCAACUCCUGAUUAUUAG